AUGUUUAAAGUGUGCAGAUGCCCCCUGUCAGAAGAGUUGUCCAACUAAUCUGGACAUCAAGUCAUUCAUCACAAGUAUUGCAAACAAGAACUACUAUGGAGCUGCCAAAAUGAUUCUUUCUGACAAUCCACUUGGACUUACAUGUGGCAUGGUGUGUCCAACAUCAGAUCUCUGUGUUGGUGGCUGCAAUUUGUAUGCCACCGAGGAGGGACCAAUUAAUAUUGGUGGACUGCAGCAGUUUGCUACUGAGGUGUUCAAAGCUAUGAGUAUUCCUCAGAUCAGAAACCCUUCGUUACCUCCCCCAGAAGAUAUGCCUGAAGCCUACCAGGUGAAAAUAGCUCUUCUUGGUGCAGGACCUGCAAGUUUAAGUUGUGCUUCCUUUUUGGCUCGAUUGGGCUAUUCAAAUAUCACCAUAUUUGAAAAGCAGGAGUACGUUGGUGGCUUAAGCUGGAAAUAUUUCACAACAGUUUUUAUUUAUUUUAGUACGUCUGAAAUCCCUCAGUUCCGAUUGCCGUAUGAUGUAGUGAAUUUUGAAGCUGAGCUUAUGAAGGAUCUUGGAGUGAAGAUAAUUUUUAAUAAAGGCCUUGCAAUGGAUGGAAUGACGCUCCGUACCUUGAAAGAAGAUGGCUACAAAGUCAUCUUUAUUGGAAUAG